UAGCAGAAUCAGGAUAAUAUUAAGUUCUCAAUCUCCAUAAAGACCGAAACAGAGGGUUGCUAUCUUAGAAGUUGGUACAGCUCCAUCUUCUGAAGCCAAAGCAGCCAUGGCCGCCCCCAUCAGAAACUGCAACAGGCUCUCUCUUGCCAUGGAGAGAACUGGCCAAUGGGUUUUGUCCCAAGAUCUUCCAACUGAUGUAGUGGUGGAAAUAGGUGAAGCUACUUUCAAUCUUCAUAAGUUCAUGCUGGUGGCUAAGAGCAAUUAUAUAAGGAAGCUCAUAUUGGAAUCGAAAGAACCUGAUUUGACGAGAAUCGACCUGUCAGACAUCCCCGGAGGACCCGAGAUCUUCGAGAAGGCAGCGAAGUUCUGCUAUGGCGUCAACUUCGAGAUCACUGUUCGCAAUGUUGCUGCUCUUCGCUGUGCCGCCGAGUAUCUGCAGAUGACUGACAGGUACUCGGAGGGAAACCUUGCCGGUCGAACCGAGGACUUUCUCUGCCAAGUCGCCCUCAGCAGUCUCUCCGGCGCUGUAGUCGUCUUGCAGUCCUGCGAGAAUCUUCUUCCCAUGGCCGAAAACCUCAACAUCGUAAACCGAUGCGUCGAUGUCGCAAGCGCUAAGGCUUGUAACGAGGCGAACUUUCCAAGUCGAUCACCGCCGAAUUGGUGGACGGAAGAGCUGUCGAUCUUAGACAUAGCUUUCUUCGAGAAGGUCAUUGCACGAAUGAGGUCGCGAGGGGCAAAAGCCCUAACUGUAGCGAGCGCGAUAAUCAGCUACGCAGAGAGGACACUCCGGGAUCUCGUUCGAGACCACUCGGGCAGCGGCAUGAAGUUGCUGGAAUCCAACGACUCCGAACUCAUAAUCCAGCAGAAAGAGCUCCUGGAAUCAAUUGUCGCACUAUUUCCGGCCGAGAAAACAGCGUUUCCGAUCAACUUCCUCUGCUGCCUCCUCCGCAGCGCGAUUUUCCUCAGAGCCAGCAACAGCUGUAAGAAUGAGCUCGAGAAGCGAAUCUCGGCAAUUCUGGAACACGUGGCGGUCGACGAGCUUCUGGUGCUUUCGUUCAGCUACGACGGCUCGAGGCUGUUCGAUCUGGACAGUGUACGGAGGAUCAUAUCAGGAUUUGUGGAGAAGGAGAAGAGCGUGGCGGUUUUCAACGGUGGCGAUUUCAGAGAAGUUUGCUCGACGGCGAUGCAGAGAGUUGCGAAGAGCGUCGACGCGUACCUCGGCGAGAUCGCUACAUACGAUGAGCUGAGCAUCUCCAAGUUCAACGGAAUCGCCAAUCUCGUGCCGAAGGCGGCCAGGAAGGUAGACGAUGAUCUAUAUAGAGCCAUUGAUAUCUACUUGAAGGCUCAUCCAAACUUGGACGAGAUUGAGCGGGAGAAGACUUGCAGCUCCAUGGAUCCACUGAGGCUGUCCUACGAAGCCAGGAUCCACGCCUCGCAGAACAAGCGCUUGCCCGUCCAGGUAGUCCUCCACGCUCUAUACUACGAUCAGCUAAAGAUAAGGAGCGGCGGCGACGAUCGACACACGCUGGACGCUCUGACAACGAGAAACCAGCUGCAAGCGGACGUGUCGUUGAUGAAGGAGAACGAGGCCUUGCGCACAGAGCUGCUGAAGAUGAAGAUGUACGUGGCUGAUCUGCAGAAGAAUAAUCAAGGGCCGUCUACGUCCGGGAAGAUGGGCGGUCAGCGGCGGCCGACGUUCUUAUCGACGGUGUCGAAGAAAUUGGGGAAGUUGAACCCCUUCAAGCAUGGAUCAAAGGACACUUCCAACAUUGAAGAUGAGGCGGUGGACAUCAGCAAGCCUAGGCGAAGAAGGUUCUCUGUCUCUUGAUUGAUUAUGAAUGAAUUAUUAGCGAGUAAUUAAGUGAGUGAUUCCAUUUUGCAUAAAAUUAUUAAGUUGCUAAUUUUUAUUUGAUCAAGCAGUGCUGUUUGAUGAUCUCUGCCUGUUCUGUUCACUAUUGGUUGCAUUUUGUCGGAUGAUUAUUAUUAUUAUUAUUAAUAUUAUAUCGAACAGAAUGCAUGCUUGAUGA